AUAAAUAAAACUCCUUUUCUUUUAAGUAUGACAACAGAGAUUUUCGACUUUGAUGGGGCAGGGGAGCGCUAUAAAUUUUUACUUCAACCUGUGAAAGAUUUGGCAAGCAAUUGGGAUGUGGACAUAGCCAAAACACUUGAGGACUAUAUUCAAAAAGUUGUUGAAGAUUCAAAUGCUGUUUUGGUUGGAAGUGAUGGACGCAGAAAAGUUUUUAAUUUUGCGGAAGCAGCACUUUUAAUUCAUGGGACAACAAAUGUUUAUGUGAAGAAAAUAGAAUAUGUUCACCAAAUUGCUUUAAAUUUCUUUGACGAACUGAAGGAGGACAAACCACAAGGGAAAAAUAAGAAGAAAAACGCUAAUGAUGAACAAGAUGGGGAAUUGGCUGACGAUGAUAACCAAGAUGUUAGACAUGAAAAGCAAAAACCAAAAACCAGCUUCCAGUAUAUGAGAUCACUUUUGGAACGUCUAAGCAAUAAACCGGCUCCCCUACUUCCGAUUGUUCCAAUCGCUUUCAUCCCGUUGUCUGAUUUUGAAAAGACUGAUGUUCCUCUCUACACUCGUACAAAUUCUAAGGAACAGAUUGGAAAGAAGGAUGAUUUUAGAAUCAAUUCUUGUCAUAUGUUUGAGUCAGUGGCUUUGUUGGAUCUUCAACACAUUUCUUUGAUUGAAAAGUUUUCUGAGACUCCACAGCACCAAAAUCAGCCUCAAAAGCAAGCUAACAAUAACAACGCUCAACAAAGAAAUGAUCCUGGAGGGUUUGUUCAAGUCUUGGAGCCUUUAUUGGAGAGAAGUACGGAAGAGGAAUAUGAAGACAUAGAUCAUCACGACAUCGAAAUUCCAGAAGUAAACGGGUUUGCCGAUGAAAAUGAAGUUAUUACUGGGCAUACUGAACUUCUCGAGGCUGAGGAACAACGGACAGCCAGAACUCGCUUGGAUAAUUACCAUUCUAAUCUUUUUCAACCUCAAAAUUCGGAAAUUAUAAAUUCAUCCGUCGAACUUAGGUCUUCGUGUAAUUCUGAAUUGAGAAAUUCCGUGAGGGUCGAUGCUAUUUACAAUAAUGAAUUGUUGGAUCCAUUAGAAAUUAACAACGAAAAAAGCAAACCGUUCAAAAAGAAAGCAAAUUGCUUUACUGAUCCUGCUAAACAAAUAGCUGCUAGGGAUAGAAGAAUUGAGAGAGAAUGUCAACAAAAAGGUGUGGCCAAUGAAAGGUCUGUAAAAGGAUAUAUAAAUACACAAAUGUUUCGUCAUCGUCUAAAGAAGAGAAAUGUUGCUUUUGGACAAUUUAAUUGUUUUCUUAUGGAUCAGGCAGUAUUUUCAUUGAACCCUUUGAUUUACGACGAAGAAAAGAGACGAGCUGAGUUUCAAAAGAAAUUGGCGAAGGAACGUCAGGCUGUACAGCGUGAAGAACGUAUUCUUGCCCGUCGCGCUUCUGAACGAACUGUAAUGGACCCAGUUUUUGAUCACCCCGACGAUGAUGAACUUCAUGAUAAUGAUGCGACUUUGAACGAGAAUAAUGCGAAUGAUAAUCAACAGAAUGGAGUGAUUGGUGAUUAUGAUGAGUGUGAGGAUGUAUUGGAAGAAAUUAUUGCCGAGGAAUUGUCAGCCCAAGUCAUUGACGAUGAACCUAUUGGAGACAUUCCUGACGCCCAAGCAAAUCUUUGUGAUGUUUUGGAUGUUGAUGAUUUGGAGAAUUCUCUUGGUGGUAUAAGAAAUAUGUACACUGGUUUUGACCAUUUGGUUAGCAGUAAACCUCGAAAUAAAAAAGCUUUGGCUGAUAAGUUAGCUCAAAAUAUGCGAAAUGCUUAUGAUGAUACAAUAAUUGAGGCCGAUUUCAAUCCUGAUGAUUUACCACAACGUCCGCCUUCCCAAAUGGAUUAUGAUGAAAUUAUUGCUUUUCAUUUGCGAAAGUAUUGGGCUGCUUCAGAAGCCGCAACUUCAAAAUUCAGUGAGCGUAUGCAAUUGUGGGAAGCAAGAAUGACCUUAGCUUUGGAUGAAGAAAGUCAACAUCGUGAAUUUGAUACUCGACAAUAUGGGGAUGAACUUCUUGAUAAAUUCGAUGGACAGAUUGGAACUGAAGUUGAUUUUACUCAAAUGCUUCAAUCAAUUCCAAAUGAAUAUGAUCGUUCUCGUUAUCUACUUGUUACACUUAUUUUAGCAAAUAUGGGAAAUUUGGAAAUUAAUGUGGUGGAUGAUGAUAAUAUACAAAAUGGACAGAAGAAUGGUGGAGGAGAACAUUUGUUAGAACGAGAAACUUCACAAGUACCAAAUGUCACUGAUCAUAUUCAAUUAAAAUUGCUUAAAUUUGAACGACAUCAUCAGAUAUUCGAGGAAGAACAACGUUUGUUGGCUGGAAUAUCCGAUUAA